AUGCAAGACCCUAACUAUCUUCUGAGAUGGGGCGGCCUUUCUAAAAAGCAAAGAAAAAGCUCAAGAUUGUCAAAUACAGCCUAUUUUGGGUCCGAAAUAAAGCCAAAGCAUACCAACCCAAGACCCCGCGAAAAAAAGUUUGUCAAGAUUCCUGAUUAUGUGCAUCAGUACAAUUUAUUCAAAAAAGAGAACUCCCCUAAGCCCAAAUUAGCCUUUAGAUCAAAUUUUACUGAUAUAACGCUGAGCCCACUUUAUCAGUUUUCUCUGCUCCCGUCAGCUCACUUUUCUAUUUAUCAUGAAAAUCCCAAUAUUCCAAUCCCUUGGGAUUCCAUCAGAAAAGUUACUUAUUUAACUACAAAUGAAAUCAGAUGUCCAGUGUGCUUAAACGAAGAUUUUAUCGCUCCUAAGAUAAAUAAAUGUGGUCAUAUAUUCUGCUGGCCAUGUGUAAUACGAUUUUUAAGAGCAUCUGGCAAGGAUGCAAAGAAAUGUCCAAUUUGCCAAGACGCAGUUAAAGGAGAUUUAUUGAGAACUGCUGAAGUUAAGCUUGUGAAAAAUAUAAAAGAAGGCGAUAUUGUUAAAAUGAAAUUAAUAAAAAGAGAAAAAAAUAAAAUUUCGGUUUUCCCUUGCGAUGAAAAUUCUGAAAGCAGAGCACUUUGUGGAUUUUUUGACGAAAAAUCAAGAAUUUCGAAGUUUAGUCAUAUAAAAGUAUAUUUUGAUCAGCUAAAUGAUCUUAAAAACCAACAAAUUCAGCUUUCCAAAGCUCUUGGAAAUUCAACUGAAGAAUCAGAAGUUAAUGCAAUUAAUAGAGCUCAAGAAAUUUUGAUAAAAGAGCUUGGUAAAAUGAACACCAUAAAAGAACCGAAGCCAAACACUGAGUGUAAUUGCCAAAUUUCUUAUCACCCUAUUUAUCUUUAUUCAAUUCCCUGCGAAAAGCACCCUCAAUCAGACUAUCUUCCUUCAUUUCCUAGCACAAAUAUUGAGGAAACUAAAGAAGAAACUGAAUAUUUAUAUUUUUACCAAAUUUCUGAUUCACAGCCUUAUUAUUUGCACCCUCUUGACGAAAAAAUUUUAUUAUCCCAGUACGGCACAUAUGAAGCUUUUCCUAAUCCUCUUCGAGGAAAAGUCUUGGAAAUUGAACAAUUGGCUGAAGUAAAUUUUCCACAGUAAAAAUAAUACAGAUCAUUAAAGCAUAUCCCUCAAGGAUCUUCUAUAUAUUUCAUAGAGAUGAAUUUAGAAGAAGUUUGCAGUGAGGAGACUUUGAAUAAAUUUAAAUCUGAAGUAUUUGUUAUUUAGAUAAAUAUUAGACAAAAAAAUAGGGAGGCUGCAAAAUUGAGGGAAGAAGAGUUGCAGCAGAUUAUUGUAAGGAGAAAUCAAGCUAAUGAAGAAGCAAAUAGACUGCUUGAUGCUUAUUUCCAAAAUCCUACAAUAGCAGUGCCAGUUGAGAAAAAUCAAAUUGAGGAGAGGGACGAAGAGGAAGAAGAAAUUCAGAAUUUUGAAGAAAAUAGUGAAAGUGAGGAAGAGGAUUUUGAUGAGCCAAGGAAAAUUACUCUCUUUGAUUUGAUAAGGCUAAAGAAAAAGUAG